AUGCAAAGUCUGCGGAAGUUGGUAAAUAAGCCGAGAGUUGACGAUUGGUCGCCGUUAGCCAAGUUUUAUCAUGCUGAUGAAGCGUUAAGUGCCAUCGCCAAUGAACUGGAUUCCUUCGACGGCCGAAGGGAUCCGGACCGAUGUAAUCAGCUGGUCAACAAGUUGCGACAAGCCCAAGACCGCGUCUUACAGAUCAUAGGUAUGAUUUUUUGUUUAUUAUAUUGACUUUUAGUUAUUACACUGUGUUUUUCUUGUGAUUAGCGGUAUGUUAUUGAAUGGAGCAAUUUAUGAGUGUUUACGAUAUUGUAAUCGAUAUUUGAUACGGCUCAAAGGAAUUCGGCUUUUAUGAAUAGAAUCAAUUAUAAUACAAAAGGAAACUGGUCGUGAAUGCUAAGAAAAUGUCUUUUGAAUGUUAUGUGAUAAUAGGAAUGGCAGUUUAGGAUUAGGAAGUUACAAAAAUGGGCUUUAUUUAAGACCUACGUCAAUGUAUACUUCAACUUUCAAAGUCUUUGAAUAAAAACUUAAAAGCAUCCUGGAAAUUUCCCUUUAAUAAAAGAAAAAGGUCUUUUGAAUGUUUUGCGAUAAAAUAAAAGAAAGUACAAUGCAAAUAGUUUUUAAAAUUAAGAUUUUUUCUUACCUAUAUCAAUAUAUUGGUCUGACUCACAGAUCCCCACAUAAAACCUCAAAAAACGUUUGAUACUCAAAACAAAUACAAUAAUAUUUCAGCUGAGAUGAUAUCGAUCGUAUUCCCAGCGGACGCAGAACGUGCUUGUCGCGACUACCGUGCCAAAUUCCCCGACGAAAUUAUCCAUGACAAUUUGCCAGGUCAACUCUGGUUUGGAGCCGAAUGUCUGGCCGCCGGCUCGAAUAUUGUGGAACAUGAGGCGGAAAGUGAGGAGAUACGACCAAUGGCACGAGCACUAACACGACAUUUGGAUAAAAUGAGGAAUAUUCUAAAGGAUCAGGCGCUAAAAGAUCCAACGGUUUAUACACCCAAAAUCAAAGCUAGUCUACAUGUUUUUGAUCGAUUGUUUGCCGAGUUUGAGUUUAAGUAGGUUUAAAUGGCUUUUUCUAUAUGUGUGUAUAAGUGAGUGUAAUUUUUGAAGCUACGUAUUUUACUUUAUUUUUGGGCUUUCAGCCUGCAGGGGACAAGUUAUACAUUGCUUUUGUAAAGUGCUUAUAUUGCCAUUUUUAAUAGUUUGCUACCUAAAAUAAAAUUCAAAAAAGAUUAUUUGACCUUGCCAAUAUCAAUGAUAGUAUAAUUUUCACUUUUCAGCUAUGUGAGUGCAAUGGUGCCAGUCAAAACAAUAGUGGAGUACGAUCAUCAACUGGACGUGGCUGUACUCUUCGCUGAAUGUUUAAACAGGUGAGUCUUAAUUUGCACUUUUUUGCUUGAAAUUUAGACAACAAUGGAAACAGAGGAGAGAUUAUACUAUUUAUGGUCACGGAUUUGUUUACGGAUCAGUUAUUUUGCACUUUUGUUUAUAAAAGAAUGGCAAUUGGAAGGGUUUUGUAAUUUUGAAUGCUGCUUUUCGAAAAAUUACAAAAGUUGUUGAUCAAGGAAGGAAAAUGAAAAGAACUUUUGUUUACACAGUAAAAAAUAGCAAGAACUUUCUUUACAAAACGAAAAAUGGCGAGAAUUUUCUUUACAAAAAGAAAAAUGGCAAGAACUUUCUUUACAGAGAUAAAAAUCUGACAAUAUUGGUAUAUUUUUCAAUUUUGAUCAACUUUGUCUUUUUAGAGCAAUGGAAGUUGGCUACUUUAACAAAGAACAAAUCGAAGACGCAGACCCAACACUAAUGAUCGCCCUACCUCGAAUCGCCAUUCUAUGGGGAUUGACAGUGUUCGAAGGGAAUGCCCUAGACCUAAAUCAAGGUCGAGAGAACAUAUCCGAGAUGUUUCGUCACUUUUACGAUCUUCUGAAGCUGAUCAGAAGUCUGCUGAAAAUGGUCGAAGACAACGAAAGAGAACUACUUGAAAACUACCUAAUCACUGGCAUUCCGGAGCGAAGUCAACGGGAAAAUGACAUAUCAGGUAGGGGUUUUGGUGAGGGUGUGGAAAUUUUUUAUUUUUAGGGGUGGUUUUGAAAAAAAUUGAUUUUUUGGAUUUGAAGACUUGUAAUUCAUGGAUACUAUAAAUUUUGAUAGAUUUUAAGUUUAAAGUACUUCUUUUGUAAUAAAAUGUGGUUAGAAAAACUUUUUUUUAACUCGGAAAUUAUUUUAGGUAACACAAUUUGAAAAAAAAAAUAUUUUAGGUGGCAAAAUUGGAAAAAAAACAUUUUAGGGGAAAUUAUUAUUUUGGGUAACAAAAAUGCUUUUUAUGCACAUUUUUAGGUGUUGAAUUUUAUGAAAAAUUAGUUUUAAGAACUCCCAUGUCUGUGCUACGUAUUUUACCUUUCCAGAUUUAGUAGUAUCAACUGCCUCAGACUUGGGAACGAGCAAAAGUCAAAUCGAAAAGGACGACGUACUGAUAACAGCCAUGAAUGAUACCGCCAAUUUUGUUUUAACAGACGAAUUGUAAGUUGUUUUUUGCUUUUGUUGGAACUUUAGGUAACAAGUGGAAGUAAUUGGUUAAAACUGGCACGAACUUUCUUUACAAAACUGCGGAACGUCUUUUUGAUUAAAAAUUUUGUUAUUUUAGUGUGGCACAAGCAAAGAAGAACAUUGACGAUGUGAUACACCGCUUGUUCGUGUGUAUAUGUGGAGUGGCAGAUCAACUACAAACGAAUUACUCAUCUGACAUUCGAAAAAUAUUAAAGAUGGUCUUACAGCCAAUCGAAGCACGACCUAUUUAUGAGGUAAAAUAUGAUUUUGGUUGAGAAACUUAUGUUUUUGGAAAAUUGAUUUUAAAUUUAAGGUCAAUUUUGGAGGGGGGGGGGAGGUUUAAUGUUUUGUUAGGUAAAAUACGAUCCGUCAUUGUAUGGUUUGUGGAUUUUUAGUUUUUAUCUAAUUGGUGCCAUUUUAGAUAAGCGGUAAGACAGCGCCAGUGCCUCAAAACGAAGAAGAAGCCGGAGUGGAAGUUCAAGAGUCGAUAUCAUUGCCUACAACUACUGGUAAGUCGGUUUUUAUAGGGUUUUUUAAUUUUAGGUUGAUGCAUAAAGAAUGGCGUUUUGUUCAGGGGUUCUAAAACAUUAGUUUGAAAAUUGAAAUUUUAGGCAACAAAAACGAUAUUUUUUGAGUUAGAAAUCGUUUUUUGAGUAAAAAAAUGAAUAUUUAGGUAUAAAAAUUAAGGGUUGACAGGAAUAUUUCAAAAUUUAUCAUUUUAGACAAAAAUAUGAAAUUUUAGGUAAAAAAUGAAAAAUUCUUCGAAAAUUUAUUUUUUUAAAAUUUUUAACUUUUUUUAAUUUUGAAUUUAAAAUCAAAAUUUUCAGGCGUAGAAUGGGUCCCAGACUCAGACUGUGACAACUGUGUAGCAUGUGGCUCGGCCUUCACGAUAGUUCGCCGCCGGCAUCAUUGUCGCAACUGCGGCCGAAUCUUCUGUUAUCGCUGCUCGGGGCACGCUCUGGCUAUUCCCGAGCUGGGCUACGAAAGACCGGUCAGAGUGUGCAACAUCUGCUUCCUCUACAAGAUCAACCCUUUCACACCGUGCACUUCUGAAGGACUAACGGCUAGCCAGCGACAGAUUGAGGACGAUCUGAUACCAUCAACGUCGCAGGAAAUUGAAGCGGUCCAAGAUUUUGGGACGGUGUAG